AUGGCGACGGCGACAGGCUGCUCGUCAGGUACUUCUAACUUCUCAGUCUGCAAAAAGUGCAAAUCAAAAGUAGUGACAGCCAUUAAGUGUGUGAACUGUAGUAAUGUAUAUCAUUCAAGUUGUGCUAAGUUGGUGCCGUCUGUAAGACAUGUGGAUGUUGAAAAUAAAAUCCUUGUUUGUUGCGACGCUGUCGCACUCAGCGCAGAUGAGGACGACGCUUUCUUUGAUGCCGUAAAUGCCAUAGCUGGACAAGAGAAAAAAAUAGAUGUUGCUAUAUUUAAUUACAUUGUGAAGCAAAAAGACAUUUUAAUUAAUGAACUGAGGGAACAAAUAAGAGCUCUUAGAGAAAGUGACGGUGCUAAAAAAGGUGAUAACAACAUAGAUAAUCAGGGUGCUCCAGCCUUGGAGAAGAGAGAUAUAAAACAUCAGUCUCUCCACAAAAACGUUAAGAAGAACAAACAAAAUGAUAGUGCAAAAACUUCGAAAUCAAUCAGUUUGAAUGUAAAUAAUAAUACUGACAUGAAUUCCGUCAACGAAUCAACCAAACCAGAUGAAAGAGGGCAAAAUGAUACAAGCGUGGUCCCUAAGCAGGACGAAUGGCAAACUAGCAAACACCGGAAUUCACGUAAGAGGCAACGGGUGAUAGUAGGCGAAAGUGAAGAAAACGCAAAUGGGGUGGCAACGCUACAGACCGUUCCGAAAUUCAUCGAUCUGCACGUGUACCGACUCCAUCCAUCUACGACAGAAGCGGACGUAAUCGGCUAUUUGAAACCGAUGUUCAAAGAAGUGCUGUGUGAGACCUUACCAUCAAAACAUCCUCUACAGUAUUCGUCUUUUAAGUGGAAGAAGAAGAAUCAGCCUACUCAGAAGUAAUUUUUGCUCCAGAAGUCAUGUUAUUAAAUGUUCAAAGUCUGAAUCCUAACAAGAGCCGACUUUUGGAGGUUGAACUUUCUAAAUGCAGGAGUGUAAAAAUUCUUUGUCUGACGGAAACAUGGUCAAAUUCGGCCUCGAUAAACAGUAAUAGUAUCGAUGAAUUUAAAUUGAUCGCAAUGAAGUUCAAUUAGAAAGAGAGGUUAAUAUUUUAAUGACGAAUCUCCAAUCCUGGUUUUCCACCAACAACAUUUAUAUAAACUCUGAAAAAACACAAGUUAUAAGAUUUCGUAAUCGCCAAAACACCUGUAAGUAUAUAGAUCUCAAAUGUUCAAAU